AUGCUGCGCUUCCUGCCGCCGUGGAUUCGCGCGCGAACGUCCCGAGGCAGUGUGCGGCUCGCUUUGAUAAUUGGUGGAGCCAACCCGGGAUACAUGAGCAUAAUGGGCCAUUUGCAUACGUGUGGGUUCGGUUGGGUGCUGUUAGAUAGCCAUGAUUGGUCUUGUACCCGCGGGAGAAGAAAGAGCGCUGCGGGUGUUGUGCACGAGGGACGGGCCACCUGCAGCUCUCUUCCAUCAGCCACAGAAGUAUACUCUGUAAGCCGAGCCCACAAGAAUUCCGCAGAUAGUAAGCCCGCAGAUCCAUCUGUACAGUUCACUUCGGAGAAGGAGGGACGGAGUGUCUCUACGUGUCCGAAGAUCAUGGAUUCGGACGAACAGCUUAACGGGGUGAUCGCUCUCGCGCGGGUCUCAAAGUGA